GAGGCAUAACCGGAAACAAACCUUGCUUCCCGAUAGCGUCCCGGCUGGGACUUUAGACGUUUUUUUUUCCCUUCAAACAAACACAAAAUAAAACUUCACUCUUAUCCGUGAAGGGUGGCAAUGAGAGGAAGUCGGUCGUAAAUCAACAGAGUGUCGACUUUUUCUAUUUUGAGUGGAGUUGCUAAGCGCUAGCUUGUUAGCUCACUCGCUACACCAGCGAGGACGGGUGAAGAGAUAAGUGUGCCGAGAAGAGGAGGAGGAGGAAGGGUCUAUGUGUGCAACGGGUGGAGCUGGCCUUUAUUAGACCCCGCAACGACGAACUGGAGAGCUUCCACACCCCCUCGCGUUCGUCUCUUUCCCGGUGCAGCAUCCUGUCGAGAUGGACAAUCUAAAUGACGCCUUGGCCAAGCUGAAACUCGCGUCCGCAGACAGCGCCUCGGACAGCGUGGAAAAUUGCUUGGACUGCCUCCUGAAAGCCCUCGCGAGCAGCAACACGGAGGCUAGCAUGAAGAUCCAGGAGAUGGGCGUUCUUCCCCUGCUGCCUACCCUGCUAAGCCCUCAGUCGUCCUGUACCCCCAAAGUGGCUAACGUCAUCGCAGAGGUGGCCAAAAACGAGUUCAUGAGGAGUCCCUGCGUGGAAGCCGGCCUUAUCCCGCCGCUUGUUCAGCUGUUGAACUCCACCGAUCAGGAAGUCCUACUGCAAACGGGACGGGCCCUCGGCAACAUCUGUUACGACAGCCAUGAGGGCAGGAGUGCCGUUGACCUGGCAGGAGGGGCUCAGAUAGUUGCCGAACACAUUAAAAGCCUCUCCCAAAAUACAGAGCCGGCAAAUGAGAAGCUCUUGACAGUCUUUUGUGGCAUGCUGAUGAACUAUAGCAAUGAUAAUGAUUCCCUCCAAGGCCAGCUGAUCAGCAUGGGCGUCAUCCCUACUCUGGUGAAACUCCUGGGCAUCCAUUCCCAUAACGCCGCCCUGACCGAAAUGUGUCUCAUCGCCUUCGGGAAUUUAGCAGAGCUCGAAUCCAGCAAGGAGCAGUUCGCCUCCACCAACAUCGCCGAGGAGCUGGUGCGGCUUUUCCGGAAGCAAGCGGAACACGAGAAGAAAGAGAUGAUAUUUGAAGUCUUGGCUCCUUUGGCAGAAAACGAUGUGAUCAAGUUGCAGAUGGUUGAGGCGGGGUUAGUGGAAUGUCUCCUGGAGGUGGUGGCCCAGACCGUGGAUGGUGAGCGGGAGGAGGACGUGGCCCAGCUGAAGACCGCCUCGGACCUCAUGGUGCUCCUGCUCCUCGGAGACGAGUCCAUGCAGAAGCUGUUUGAGGGUGGAAAGGGUAGCGUCUUCCAGAGGGUGCUUUCCUGGAUACCGUCGCACAACCACCAGCUGCAACUGGCCGGUGCUCUUGCCAUUGCUAAUUUUGCCCGUAAUGAUGGAAACUGCAUCCACAUGGUAGACACUGGUAUCGUACAGAAGCUUUUGGAGCUGUUGGAUCGGCACAUCGAUGAAGGCAAUGUCACUGUUCAACACGCAGCUCUCAGUGCACUUCGGAAUCUGGCCAUACCUGUUGUGAACAAAUCCAAGAUGCUGUCAGCCGGAGUGGCGGAUGUUGUUUUGAAGUUCUUGCAGUCAGAGAUGCCGCCGGUCCAGUUUAAACUGCUGGGGACCUUACGCAUGCUCAUCGACACACAAGUGGAAGCAGCAGACCAGCUUGGGACCAAUGCCAAAUUGGUGGAGCGGCUGGUGGAGUGGUGUGAAGCCAAAGAUCACGCCGGGGUGAUGGGCGAGUCCAAUAGGCUCCUCUCCGCUCUCAUUCGACACAGCAAAUCCAAGGAAGUGGUCAGGACCGUCAUCCAAGGAGGUGGAGUCAAACACUUAAUAACCAUGGCAACUAGUGAACACAUGAUCAUGCAGAACGAAGCACUGGUGGCUUUGGGGCUCAUCGCGGCGCUCGAUUUGGUUGCUGCCGAGAAGGACUUUGUGGGCGCCGACCUGGUGGCUGUGCUUCACAAGCUUUUAUCGGACGAAAGGAGCGCGCCGGAGAUUAAAUACAACUCCAUGAUCCUCAUCUGUGCAGUCAUGGGCUCCGAGCCCCUCCACAAAGAAGUCCAGAGCCGGGCGUUUAUCGACGUGGUGUCCAAGCUGCGCUCUCACGAAAACAAGACCGUGUCGCACCAGGCGUCGCUCACAGAGCAACGGCUAACCGCCCAGAGCUAAACGGCGGCGACCGUCUCGCACCCUGCACCUCCUCCUCCUCACUCAAUGAAUGCUCUACCCCCGUGUACUGUAAAUCCCAUUGUCAUGUGCCAAGGUACCAUGUUGCAUUAACUGCCACACAGACAUCGUUGAAGACAGGCUGAUGUACGUCACGUGAAUAUUUUUGUUUUGUUUUUUCUUAUGGAAUUUUUUAGAAUUACCUACCAGGACACAUCUCAACAACUCCUUAAUCUAUAGGCGGGAUGUGGUGUAAUACAAACAUGGCUAUCAUAGCAGAAUUGCUCUAAAAAUGAGCCGUUUUUACAUUGACCACACAGUAACUUUAGCAUACUAUCACUUAAACACUCUAACUAACCAGUUUAGCUUUAAUAUUUUUAUAAUUCAAUUCACUGCGUGCCAUCAACAGUGAUAUACGUCAAAUGCAUUUCAACUGGAAUUCUAUCACCGUCAAUGAUGCUGAAAAACAUAAUCAAUUUCAAUGGAAUUGAAUAAGUUAAAAACAUUUCAAGCAUGAAAGAAAACAAUCCGAAUUAGCAAACAAGCUAACGUAAUGCAGACAAAAGUUCUUAAAGGGAACCAAGGACGGAAAGACUUGUAGUCCUGAAAAGAUAAAUGUUCGUAUUAGUUAUAAUAAUUUGAUAUUGAAAUCCCUCUUAAUGUUUUCGUUUUUAUAAAAAAAAAUUAAAAAUUAGUUAACUAGUAGACAGAGGUGGGUAGAAUAGCCAAAAAUUUUACUCAAGUAGGGCUGCAACUAUCGAUUAUUUUAGUCGUCGACUAGUUAAUUCGAGUAAUCGAGUAUUCGGACAAGGAACAUAAAAAAUUAAAAUACCAGAGCUGAGCCUCAAACUGUACAAAAAAAUAAAACGAGGAUCUAUGUACAACCAAACAACAAUUGGCUAACUUACAUACCAAACGUCCGCUAGCUUAAAUGCUAUAAAACGCAAACGUUUUUUUUAAGGGCUGUCAAACGAUUAAAAAUUUUAAUCGAGUUAAUUACAGCUUAAAAAUUAAUUAAUCGCAAUUCAAACCAUCUAUAAAAUAUGCCAUAUUUUUUUGUAAAUUAUUGUUGGAAUGGAAAGAUAAGACACAAGAUGGAUAUAUACAUACAUUCAACAUACGGUACAUAAGGACUGUAUUUGUUUAUUAUAACAAUAAAUCAACAAGAUGGCGUUAACAUUAUUAACAUUCUGUUAAAGCGAUUCAUGGAUAGAAAGACUUGUAGUUCUUAAAAGAAAAAUGUUAGUACAAUUUAUAGAAGUUUUAUAUUAAGACCCGUCUUAUUGUUUUCGUUUUAAUGAAAUUUGUAAAACUUUCAAUCAAAAAAUAAACUAGUAGCCCGCCAUUGUUGAUGUCAAUAAUUACGUACACAAAGCUCAUGGGUGCUGAAGCCUAUAAAAUCAGUCGCACCCAAGCGCCAGCAGAGGGCGGCAAGUGAGCGUUUCACUGUACCGUCAUUUAAAUCUGUCUGAGCGGGUUAUCUGUGUUAAUUGCGUCAAAUAUUUUAACGUGAUUAAUUUUUAAAAAUUAACGUCUGUUAACGCGAUAAUUUUGACAGCCCUAGUUUAAAAAAAAAAAAAAAAAAUUAACAAUGCUCGUGCUGCUAGUAUGUCUCCAUCGUUGUUGAAUGACGACACAAUGCACUCUGGGCAGUGUUGUCGUAUUUAAUAAAUACACAGAAAACACGCAGUCGCCAAAAGGUACACACAAAGAGGGUCCGUGACAGUAAGUCGGGAUCAAUUAAAAAAAGAAAAAGAAAAGAAAAACCCAGAGGGAAAACCGCGGUGAGAUGAAAAAACAAGGCAAUGAUGCAACAAAGAAAUAUACAAACUGUCAAAUAGCGGCAAGCCGCCUAGGAUCGGUUUAACGACAUCGCUAAUAAGCUGGAAUUGGAUGAAGGUACAAUGUUAGGUACUCAUCCCAUAGCUCUGUAACAAAACAAUCUAACCAGCAGCAGAAUGUGACAAAAUCAUGCCAGUCGUCAUACUAGCUUCGCUUGCUAGCUAGCACAGCUAUCCUCCCAGUCCAGCCCACAUGCAUCAUCACCCCCAGCGUGAUUUGCACGUGUAAAACAUGGCGCCCUCCAUACAUAGAACCAUGUACUAAAUAAAAUUUUUAGGGUUGUUCCGAUCAUGUUUUUUUGCUCCCGAUCCGAUCGUUUUAGUUUGAGUAUCUGCCGAUCCCGAUAUUUCCCGAUCCGAUUGCUUUUUUUUUUUUUUUGCUCCCGAUUCAAUUCCAAUCAUUCCCGAUUAUUUUUCCCAUUCAUAUACAUUUUGGCAAUGCAUUAAGAAAAAAAUGAAUAAAACUCGGACGAAUAUAUACAUUCAACAUACAGUACAUAAGAACUGUAUUUGUUUAUUAUGACAAUAAAUCCUCAAGAUGGCAUUAACAUUCUUUCUGUGAGAGGGAUCCACGGAUAGAAAGACUUGUAAUUCUUAAAGGAUAAAUGUGACUUUUUAUAUUGUGACUAAAUAUUGCCAUCUAGUGUAUUUGUUGAGCUUUCAGUAAAUGAUACUGCAGCCAUUUAACUGUUCUGCCCAAAUGCAUGAUGGGAAGUGCAACCAUGACUGUGCGUAGUGGCACCAAUUCAUAUAAAGAUCAACUACUACCUUGCUUCCCCACAUUGCUUCCCACGAUAUUUGUAAUUGUUGAGAGAGGGAUUGUAAGGCUUUAACCAAAUUAAAAAAGGCGUCAAAGACUGCCAAAAUUCACUCUACUCAUUUUACGCUGCCUUUUAGCUCUAUACAUCGGUAAAACGGCGCCAUUAUAGAUUGAACGCGACAAUGCGUGAGUAGGUCGUGCAGCGCAUGCGUUAAUUGCGUUAAAUAUUUUAACGUGAUUAAUUUUUUAAAAAAUUAAUUACCGCCGUUAACGCGAUAAAUUUGAUAGCCCUACUUUAAGCCAAAACUAGAGACUCUGGAUGAGUGUAAGACAUUUUGUCUGUAACGUUAAAUGCAACUAGAAAAGGAUUUAAUUAAAAUAUAUAUAUAUAUUAAAAAAAGGUAUGUCCGAUAUUUUUUUGCCGAUUCCAAUCGGGUCCGACAUCUUUAAAAAAUUUUUAAAUCAAUUGCAAUAAUGUUUCUAAUGACAUAUUUUAGUAAAAGAGAACAAAUGUGACUUAUUAAAGUCUUUAAGUCCGAGGUUCCCUUCAAUAUUUUUAUAAUUCACUUCAUUGGGUGCCAUUGACAGUGAUAGACAUUCAGUCCAUUUGAACUGGAAGUGCAUCACCAUCAAUGGCGCUGAAAAACAUCAAUUUCAAAAACAUUGAAU